AUGACUAAGGGUUUCAACGCCGGUGACGCUUUCCCCUCGGACGUCGUCUUCUCCUACAUCCCCUGGUCCGAGGAGUCUGGCGAGAUCACCUCCUGCGGUAUCCCCAUCAACUACAACGCCUCCAAGGAGUUCGCCAACAAGAAGGUCAUCCUCUUCGCUCUGCCCGGUGCCUUCACUCCCGUCUGCUCCGCCAACCACGUCCCCGAGUACAUCCAGAAGCUCCCCCAGCUCCGCGAGAAGGGUGUCGACCAGGUUGCCGUCCUUGCCUACAACGAUGCCUACGUCAUGAGCGCUUGGGGCAAGGCCAACGGUGUCACCGGUGACGACAUUCUCUUCCUCUCCGACCCCGAGGCUAAGUUCUCCAAGUCCAUUGGCUGGGCUGAUGAGGAGGGCCGCACUUACCGCUACGUCAUCAUCAUUGACCACGGUAAGGUCACUUACGCCGCUAAGGAGUCUGCCAAGAACACCCUUGAGGUCUCCAGCGCCGACGCUGUCUACAAGCAGCUUUAA